GGCUGGGGCACCCCGGGAGCGGCGGCGGCUCUAGCUGAGGCGGCCGUGGCAGCGGAAGGUUCUCUCUCCAGGGCUGGACUUAAUAACUUUGGAACUGUCCUCCAGUGUCACGUCCUGAACAUGAGCCUCCUCCUCUCCUUCUACCUGCUCGGGUUGCUUGUCAGUAGCGGGCAAGCUCUUCUUCAAGUGACAAUUUCACUUAGCAAAGUAGAGCUUAGCGUGGGUGAAUCUAAAUUCUUCACAUGUACAGCAAUUGGUGAACCUGAGAGUAUAGAUUGGUAUAAUCCUCAAGGGGAGAAGAUAAUUUCAACACAGAGGGUAGCAGUGCAAAAGGAAGGUGUUAGAUCACGAUUAACCAUCUACAACGCAAAUAUAGAGGAUGCAGGGAUAUAUCGUUGUCAAGCAACAGAUGCCAAAGGACAGACACAAGAAGCUACAGUUGUAUUGGAAAUUUACCAAAAACUCACUUUCAGAGAAGUGGUAUCUCCUCAAGAAUUCAAACAAGGGGAGGAUGCAGAAGUGGUUUGCCGAGUUAGCAGCUCACCUGCCCCUGCUGUCAGCUGGUUGUAUCAUAAUGAGGAAGUCACCGCUAUUUCCGACAAUCGCUUUGCUAUGCUAGCCAACAAUAAUCUGCAGAUUCUCAACAUCAAUAAAAGUGAUGAAGGUAUAUACAGGUGUGAAGGAAGAGUGGAAGCUAGGGGAGAAAUUGACUUCCGUGAUAUCAUCGUUAUUGUUAAUGUGCCGCCAGCGAUCACAAUGCCUCAGAAAUCCUUUAAUGCCACAGCAGAGAGAGGAGAAGAGAUGACAUUAUCCUGCAGGGCCUCUGGCUCUCCCGAACCCUCUAUCUCCUGGUACAGGAAUGGCAAGUUCAUUGAAGAAAAUGAAAAAUACGUAUUAAAAGGAAGCAAUACAGAACUCACUGUCAGGAACAUAAUUAAUAGUGAUGGGGGUCCUUAUAUCUGCAGGGCCACAAAUAAAGCAGGAGAAGAUGAAAAACAGGCAUUCCUCCAGGUCUUUGUACAGCCUCACAUAAUACAGCUUAAAAAUGAGACUACACAUGAGAACGGUGAAGUCACGCUUACAUGUGAAGCAGAAGGGGAGCCUAUUCCAGAAAUCACUUGGAAAAGAGCCGUAGAUGGCAUCACGUUUUCUGAAGGCGAUAAGAGCCCAGACGGCCGUAUCGAAGUCAAAGGGCAGCAUGGAAGCUCAUCACUGCACAUUAAAGAUGUGAAGUUGUCAGAUUCAGGGAGAUAUGACUGUGAAGCCGCAAGUAGGAUUGGAGGGCACCAAAAGAGCAUGUACCUUGAUAUUGAAUAUGCUCCCAAGUUUAUAUCAAACCAAACAAUUUAUUACUCUUGGGAAGGAAACCCGAUCAAUAUAAGCUGUGAUGUGAAAUCUAAUCCACCAGCAUCAGUCCUUUGGAGAAGAGAGAAAUUAGUCUUGCCAGCUAAAAACACCACUAAUUUAAAGACAUAUAGUGCAGGGAGAAAGAUGAUAUUAGAGAUUGCACCUACAUCUGACAAUGACUUUGGACGAUAUAAUUGCACAGCCACUAACCGUAUAGGAACAAGAUUUCAAGAAUAUAUUCUUGCUUUGGCUGAUGUGCCAUCCAGUCCCUAUGGAGUGAAGAUUAUAGAGCUGUCACAGACCACAGCCAAGGUUUCUUUCAACAAGCCGGACUCCCAUGGAGGUGUGCCCAUUCAUCACUAUCAGGUGGAUGUCAAAGAAGUGGCAUCAGAAACCUGGAAAAUAGUACGCUCCCAUGGAGUUCAAACAAUGGUUGUUUUGAGCAACCUGGAACCAAAUACAACUUAUGAAGUCAGGGUUGCAGCAGUAAAUGGAAAAGGGCAAGGAGACUACAGUAAAGUAGAAAUCUUCCAGACAUUACCAGUUCGUGAACCAAGUCCUCCAUCCAUACAUGGGCAGCCAAGCAGUGGGAAGAGCUUUAAACUCAGUAUCACCAAACAAGAUGAUGGAGGGGCUCCUAUUUUGGAAUACAUUGUAAAAUAUAGAAGUAAAGAUAAAGAAGAUCAGUGGCUAGAGAAAAAGGUUCAGGGAAAUAAAGACCACAUUAUUUUGGAGCAUCUACAGUGGACAAUGGGGUAUGAAGUUCAAAUUACAGCCGCCAACAGAUUGGGAUAUUCAGAACCGACAGUCUAUGAGUUCAGCAUGCCACCAAAGCCCAACAUUAUUAAAGAUAAAUGCUGUGAAGCGAAUAAAGGCGAAAAUGGAAGCCAGUCAUGGCAGCUGAAUGCUGCUGGGUUUUCUUUCAUUAUAGCCCUCAGUUUGUCUUGGAUGUUUUAAUGUUGCUGUUAUAUGAUAUUUCCUUUCAUGCCCCGCAAAUUUAAAAGGCUAAUCUCAUAUUAUGAUGAAAGUUUUUCUGUGGUCCGACUAAUUAUGCAUGUAUUUCACUCAUGAACAAUUAGCCUAUUUUCCCUUCCCCAAAUUGUCAACCUUUAAAGUAGAUAAUUUGUCAGAAAAUCACUGAAAGAAAUAGAAUCAGGAUUGUUUCUUCCAGGAUGCAGUUCAUUGCAUAACUUGCUUCAUUCUGAAGUUUCCUUUAGUUUCUAAAGUUGACCUUGUUAAAUAUCAUGUCACUCUUACUUGGAAUUUAAGCAUUUGCUACAUCUAAUCUUCUCUCAUUUGAUUAUUUUGCAAAAAUAAUUCAAAAUCCAUGACCAUACAUUGUAUUUUAUUAUGUAGAAUUGUGGAUCUUUUAUAUUGGUUUUAAUUGUUAUUCUUUUAAAUGUAAAUUUCCAACUUUAUGGACGUUUAUAAAAUUUCAUGGUGUUUACCAUUUAUAUACAACAAAAACUAAUAGCUUUUGUUAUAUUAGAUAUGUAUCCGUACUGUGUUGCCUAUUUUCAUUUUUUUUGACCUAAAAUAUCAUAAGAAAUAAAAAUGAAAUAGUUUUCUUCUUUUAAAUUUGAACACUAACUUUAAAAUAUCCAAUUUAGUAAUUUAAAUAUGAAUGUGUUUAAAAAGUUGCACUCUGUUCACUGGAUAUGGACUGUGCUAUGAGUUGGCAUCGAGUAUUGAUUUUCUCACAACAUAUAUGUAUACUUCUUUAUUACAACUUCCUGGACACAAAGAGUCAGUUUCUUUGUAAAGACCAGAGAGAGAAGCAAAUAUUUUAGCUCUUGCUUGCAAGAAGAUGAAAUUGAGAUGAGGAGGUGUUACUACAUUUUUCAGAGGAAGCUAUAUUUGAGGGAUUAUCACAAGCAAUGAUUUUAGUGUUCAAUUUUCAUUUAUUAUAAAAUGAGAAAAGUGUUUUGUGUUUUUCACUUCUAGCCACACCCUGCCUAGCAAGUGAUUCUUACUGUUCAUUCAGGACAAUUAGAAAGCAAGCAGGUUUAUGUAUAUGACAAGAGUGACCAUACUAAUGUGCGAAAUUAAAUUGUUGGAUUUUGGGCUUUGAGAUUCACUCAUCAAAAACUAUUUAUUUUGUUUCAUGAAAGUAUUCUUUUACUCCUUAAAACAAUAGCUACAGGACCUAUAAUGUAAGAUCUAAAGCUAGAUUUCUCUUUAGUAGUCUGUCAUUAUCUUUUCUAAACUCUUCUGUCUACUGCUGUCCUUUUUUCUUCUCACCUAGCAACAGACCUUUAGAAUGCAGGAGUAACCCAGCCACAGAUUAAACAUGCUUUUGCUUCCUUCCUUUCUCUUCCACUGAGACAAAGGAAUAUCCAGACUUAUGCAGUUUGGGGAAUGUUCUGUUUUUAAAAAGACCAUAGCCAACAUUUUAAAAUUAUUAAUUAACCAAUUAUAAGUGCAUAGUAUGUCUAUUUUUGGAGAAGAUAUGUAGAUUUGUUGGUUACUAAUAUGGAGAAAGCGCUAGGAAAGAAAAGAGUUCCAAUAACUCUUCGAGGAACAAUAUUUCCUGUUUACCAUAAUCUCACUGGACCUUUUCAAGAAGAUAAAUGUUUCCACAAGAAAGUCCGGUAGAAAUUAUUUAGGCUAGUAUAUGAUAUCAACAUAAUUUUGUGGAGAAUAUGGAAUAUGUCUUUCAUAAGAUAACAGAGUUGAUUUUUUUUAUUUAACAUUCUACGACUCAAAGUAACCAACAGUGGUAUGAAGAAUGCUCAAAGUCAAGUUUACAUGGUACCUAAAGUGAUAUUUUGACAGUUGAGAAAAGAAUUUAAAAUUAAAAAUUUAUUGUCUCAGCAUAAUUAUUUACACUUAUUAAAUUCUUC